GUCUCUUAGGAGGCGCAUGCGCGGGGCGGGUCCCGCGCCUUUGAAUCUCAGAGGCGGCUUUUGGGCUUCGGAGGCUGUGUAGUAGCAGAGGUUCUCUAGGUAAAUUGCCCAGCGGCUGGUGUUGAGGUGGAGACUCAGAGAUCUUCUGGAAUCCUGUUACUCAGGGGGUGAAGAGAUUAACGUCAUUCCAUCUGACCCCGUAGAUUUUUUUCCCACUUGAAGCUAAAACCUGAGAAGUCAGUUUUGGUUGCUGAUUGGUCCUUCUUGGCUUCCAUCAUUCAUAUGUCUAAUUGUUUUUUGUUGUUGUUUGUUUCCCCAAUUUAACAGUCUGCCCAAGUACAUAUGCUGCUGAAUGGAGCUUCCAGUCUGCCUCUAAAUGAGUAUCUUUUUUUACACUUUUACACAGCAUAGGCCUACUGUAGGCCAGUUAUCUGUUUUCUUUGCCAACACCUGAACAUUAAUACAGGGAUGGCAACUCCAAGGCUUACUAGAAACUCCCAACAACAAAACAGAAUUUCUCAAGGCAGUAAUAGUCGUCAGACCACUCUCUUAGACUGGAAGGUGAAAGACAAAGCAGGCAACUCCAAGAGUGUCUUGGAAGAAAGUAGUUCCCUGGAAGAUUCUAACCACGCUGACGAUCAAACUGAAGACGCUCUGCAGACAGCAGUAGAAUACUUCCAGAAAGGCCCUAAGAAAGCUUCACUGAGUAAAGAUUCGGUCUUGGAAAAACACUUGAAAACUGUGGAAAAUGUGGCUUGGAACAAUGGCUUAGCCCCAGAAGCAAUUGAUAUUUUAUUGAAUGUGGCACUCAGUGGCAAGUUCGGGAAUGCUCUAAGCACACGGAUUUUAAAGUGCAUGAUUCCAGAAACUCACAUAUCAGAAGAUUCUGUGGUUAAGGCAGUAUCCUGGCUCUGUGUUGGGAAGUGUUCUGGUAAUACCAAGGUACUUUUUUAUCGUUGGUUGGUUGCGAUGUUUGAUUUUAUUGAUCAUAAGAAGCAAAUUAAUUCGCUGUAUGGCUUCUUUUUUGUUUCAUUGCAAGAUGAUACUCUGUGCCCUUAUGUUUGCCAUUUGUUAUAUUUACUGACCAAAAAGGAAAAUGUCAAACCAUUUCGUGCGAGAAAAUUGCUUGAUCUCCAGGCCAAAAUGGGAAUGCAGCCUCAUCUCCAGGCUUUGCUGUCACUGUAUAAGUUCUUCGCUCCUACCCUGAUUUCUGUAUCUUUGCCUGUAAGGAAGAAGAUCUUUUUUAAUAAUUCAAAAAAUCUAUGGACUCCAGCUCUCCUUGCUGUGAAGCUAAGGAAUCAAGGAAUUUUUCCAGAACCUCUAAAGCUUCAAUUAGGUCCCACUUCCGGCCGUUCUCUAAAAAGAAAAUGGAAUUAUCACUCAGUUAUACCAGCAGUAAAUUCUGCUAAGAAAGAAUGCAGAGAAAAGAUGAGCCUUUUUGAUUAUCUCAGCAAUGAUAGAUCACUUCCAGUAGAACAACUGCAAAGUUUCCCUCAGCUUUUAGAGAACAUUCAUUGCUUAGAGCUGCCUUCUCAGAUGAGCUCAGUGCUAAACAGCUCUCUGCUACUUCACUAUGUCAACUGUGUCAAAGAUGAGUCAAUCUUACUCAGGCUUUCUUAUUGGCUGAGUCAAACAUUACAAGAAGAGUGUGUGUGGUAUAAUAUGAAUGAUUAUCAACAAGAAAAGGAGUUUAUAAACUUUCUGGACAUGGUCAUCAGGGUGCAGUGCUUCUUACAAGAGGGAUUUUACUCCUGUGAGGCAUUCCUGUAUAAAAGCCUGCCUCUCUGGGAUGGCUUCUCUUGUCGGUCACAGUUCCUUAAGCUUCUGGCCUGGAUUCCAUUCAGUAGCUUCUCUGAGAUAAAGCCACUUCUUCUUGAUCAUCUAGCACCUCUCUUCUUUACAUCAUCCAUUUAUUUCAAGUGCAGUCUUCUUCAAUGUCUGAAAGACUUACUGCAGAAUUGGCUGUUGUGGCUCUCUACAGAAGCACAGGUGCAGCCCAUGACAGACAGUCCUCUGGAGACAACUUUGGGUGGAUCCAUGGAUUCUGUGUCUCAGUUGAUUGAGUACAUAGGCUGGCUGUCCAUGGUGGCAAUACGCCUGGAGAGCAGCAGUACAUUACUAUUGCACUUUAUUUUGGACUUCUAUGAGAAGGUGUGUGACAUAUAUAUAAAUUAUGACCUUCCAUUGGUGGUGUUGUUUCCUCCUGUGGUCUUUCAUUCUGCAUUCCUAAGCUUGGAUGCCACUAUCUUGAACCAACUCUGUUACAUAAUGUACAGGUAUCGCGAUAAUUUGACAGCUGCUAAGAAAAAGGACCUUGUACAGAAGGCAAAGUCAGAGUUCAGUAUUAGCAGCAAGAUCUGUAAAGAAUUUAAUUACUAUUUGACAGCUCUGGUUCAUUGCCUAUGGUCAUCCAGACCAUUUGAAACAGGAGUGUACAUUGAUCCCCAAAUCAUAGAAAAUACUGGAGAAACACAGUAUAAACACAACUUAAAUUUUGUGCACCAUCCUUGUCUAUUGAACUAUGCAGCUUCCUUUUUGCUACAGGAGAGCCCAGAAGAAAUGCCAGUCCACCUGAGCUCUAUCCGGGGAAAGAAAUGGAACUGGUAUUUGGACCAUUUAUAUUCAGAGGGUUUUCAAGGCUUAAACCUUUUCAUAAAAAGUAGUAUCGAUCAUUCUUCUGUAUCCAAAACAGAGAAAAACACAUAAACAUUGACAUAAACAAAUGCCAUACUGGACUAAAUGUCUCACUGCUGGAGAGACUAAGUACCUCGCAUGACUUUCCAUAUCCGUUUCAUAAGCCGACUGCCAUCUUUAAGAAGUACUAAGCCUGGCCUUCCUUCCGUCCAUGGCUCAAGAGAGCCUUGGUGUCCACUAACUUCAUUUUAGUCUUCAGAUAUUAAGGUUACUAAUGAAAAAUAACCUCUUCAUCAUCCAGUUCUGCUUUCACUGAAUUAUACAUGAAGAGACACAUAUGUCUGCUUUCUAGUAGGAAAUUUGCUUUGCAUUUUCGUCGGCUUUGUUAGUGGAAGAGAACAAGUAAUAUAAAUUAAGCUACUCCUCAGACACACUUAUGCAGAAUACUCUGCAAUCUCUGAAAUCCUAGGAAUAGUUUACAUUUCUAAGAUACUAAUAGUAGAAUGCAACAUGUGUGACUCUUAACAUCCCAAGAAGCUGAUGGCUAUCUGCCUGCAUUGGCAGUAAUUGUAAGGGAAGGGAGGAGGGGGAAAUGAAGAAAUUUCAUUUUAUUGGUUUGAUUUUAUGACAGCACUAUAUUUGAAUGUAUAUGUAUAUGUAUGUAUUUAUGUAUUUAAUUCAGAUUUUAAAUUGCCAGGCUUAAAUAAACUAACUUCAGUUUUA